UCAAACCCGAACACUCGUUGUACAGCCCUUAGGCCCUCGAAUCUUAACUGUGUGAGUGUACCAUGGUCGUGUUACCUUCUAUAUUCUUCCUAUACCUUCUUACGGGAACGAGAGGGGUUAUAAGGACCCCACUUGAAGCGUUCCGUCCGUCGGCAGAAAUACAUAUAAGGAGACCAGAUAAGCUAUCAUUCUUGAUACAUAGGAGAACGACGUUGCCGCCGAAAAGUGGCUUGAGGAUACUUUAUCAGAUAGGGGCAUCUGAGGUGGAUCUGCCAGACUGCAGGCCGCGCCAGGUCUGCAGCAAGGUGGAUCUUUACGAUACCACUCAGCCAUGGAUUGAGAAGAAGUGUCGUUGUUUAGGACAUAGACCUUGUUCGAGUGAGCUCUCGUCGGAUGACAAUCACACCCUAGCUGACAAAACGACCCUCUACAAAAUGUGUGAGCCCGUCAAACGUCUUCCUAAAUGCCGGUACUUCAAAGACGCUGCCUGGACUAUCUAUUCCUUCCCAGACAGCAAUGCAACCCAGCAAGUUGUCAGUUGUCACUGCCCUAAGAACUCGGUUACUUAUUUGUUGAAGAAGCUACCGUACACGACACCUAGCGGCGAGCAGGGGAAUCAGUACCAGUUCGCGUGUUCCCCGCAGAGUAGGCUACGUUGCUCAAGAAAGGAACCGUGCCGUCUAUUCAGUGUUAGAAGGCGCCAUGAACAAAUAGACGAGGUAAACGCCAGUACGAUCUGCCAAUGUCCACGAGAUCACAGCUGCCCCAAGCAUCACACCGAGCCUGGUGUUUUACCAGGAGUCACUUACGCUGCAGAGGACAUACGCACUUACCACGGCUACUGUAUGCCAGGACCUCCUCCUGUUAACUACAGGUUUGUAGGGGAUAAGGAUUGAAUCUAAGUUUUGAAAUUAUGGAUGGCAAAUUUUAGAAACAACGGAUUUUGAUACAUAUGUAUGUACUUAUAUGGAUUAUUGGAUUUAUUUUUGACACCUGUAUUUAUAAGUUUUACUUAGAAAUAAGACGCAUUGUCAGUUUAUGUAUUUUUUUAAAUGGACGUGUUUUCCAGCAACAUAAUCUUCAUUAAAUCAAUAUUAUAGAACAUGUGCAUGAACUUCAGAUGUGACACAAAGUCAAUAAGGCAAAUAGGUCAAUAAAGUAAACAGGACCAACAGCCCCACAUUGCGUAUGUUUCGUGUGAGGUAAGUUAAUUUUGAAGUUUGUGAAAGUUCUUGUUAGCAUGGUGGUGUUAGUAAGUUGUUUGUUGUUCCUAUGGCCAUGACUUCAGGUCAAAGGGGAAUUCCUCAGCCCUUGUACUAAGCAUUUUAUUAUAUGAAAUUCAUGUUAACUUCAUUUCCAAAUUCACUCUUAUGCCUUUAAUAUCAAGAGCUUGACUUGUAGCCGAUACCGUACCUCCACUACAAGUUUACAGUAUUGAUGUUUUACGCUGACCCUAGCCACUGUUGAACAUAUAAAUACAGGUGUUAAUUUUAAAACGAUGGAUUACCGUUAUAAUUUUAAUUUUACGCUAAAAACAUAGCUUUGCUCAUUUACCUGUUCAGUACAAAAAAAUAAUGCAGUAACAAAUUGUAGUAGUUCGCUUUGAAAGAAAUAACUCUUUUAAAUUAUUGACGUCUCUUUCUUUUAAGAUUUAGGGUUGAUAACCACUUAUUAUAUUAUUAGCAGUAUUUGUACGGUAAUAGUGACUAAUAACUAGUAACUGGCAGUAGUGCGGUAGAUGCUAAUGAGUGAAAUUUACCCUUAUGUGAAGUUUCAAAGAUGAACAAAAUACUUUAUAAGCUCUAAUAUAAUUUCUUAGUUACAACGAUGUUAAGUGACACAAUAAUUGUAAAUACAUUAAGAUUUUGUUGUAAACGGCCACCUUU